AUGUCUUCUGCGGACGAGGGUGACCCCUUUCUGCAAGUACAGGCGGACGUCCUCUCCUUACUCAACCAGACCCGGCCGCUAUUCUCGUCGUACCUUCGGAUUCGCUCCUCUGCAUCGUCUCCGAACUCUCCUGAAUUAGUUGAAGCGCGUAACGAGCUCGAAGCGACCUUACAAGACCUUACCACGGACCUCCAGGACUUGGUGGACAGCGUCAAAGCCGUUGAGCACGAUCCUUACAAAUACGGCCUCGAGAUCGAUGAAGUCGAACGCCGAAGACACUUGGUUGAAGAGGUGGGCGGCGAGGUCGAGGAUAUGCGGGAAGAGCUUCAGAAGACCGUUCAUGAUGCGCAGAGCAAGGGCAAGGCGGCUAUGAAUGGAGGUCCUCUACCGGAUCCAGACUCAUUCGGAGACGAAGACGAUAACUAUGCCGCGUUUGAGCAAGAGAGACAGCUGGAGAUUAUGCACGAACAGGACGAGGCGCUUGAUGGCGUCUUCCAGACUGUCGGCAACCUGCGCCAGCAAGCCGAUGAUAUGGGCAGGGAGCUUGAGGAGCAGGCAGUCAUACUGGAUGAUGUCGACACGCUUGCUGAUAGGGUUGGCGGCAAGCUGCAGACGGGGAUCAAGAAAGUCGGUUGGGUCAUCAAGAAGAAUGAAGGUCGGUUCACUCCUUGGGAGACCAUGUGA